CAUAUAUUAAUAUCGUGACAUUCUUAUUGAGUUUCCGUUUCCAAAAACAGCUCUGGCUGGCCAUGGCGAUAAACCUCUUUCAGAUUUUGUAAAGAUACCUUCUCCUGUCUUUUUAUCUCCUAGUAAAACCCUAACAGUCUAAACCCAAAAAGCAAUCAAUCACAAGAAGGUCAAAUUCUUAAGCUUGUUUGAUUUUGAAGGUUUUAAGAGAGACAGAUAAUUGUUGAUGAUGGCUACUAGACAAUUUAGUGGAAGUAAACUCUCUAGGGGAUUGACUAGGAGGAGGGAACGGAAUGGAGUAACAAAAGGAACAAGGAGGAUUUCUUUGGCAUACCGAAAUAAGAUUCCUGAAGGAUUAGGUUGUAGAGAUGUGUCCAGCUGUUGCUUGUCUAUGGAAUACAGAAAAUUUUUAUCACCACUUCUGAAGCGUAGCGGAAGACUACCAUUGAGGGUGGCUUAUGAUCCGUCAAGUUCUGGUGUGCAGGAGAGAUCAACUUUAGAGGAAGAAUUAGCCCUCAACAGUUCAAGAGAUGAACAAACUGAGUCUGUUACGGAUCCAAUCGAUCAACCACAUCCAACAGAUGUCGAACGUGAACUUAUAAAACUUUCUUUGCCUGCAAUCGCUGGACAGGCUAUAGAUCCCUUAGCACAGCUGAUGGAGACAGCUUAUAUUGGCAGAUUAGCCUUCAAGUAUUUAUCUUGACAACACACUUAUCUUUGGUGAAUGAAUAGAGAGGUCAAAGAAUUACUUAAUUAAUUUAGGGGACUAAGGGAUUGUUUGUUUCGGUUGAUUUUGAAUGCUAAAUCGUAAUCAACGGCUUAUUGAGCUAACUGAUUAAGAAGUUAUAAGUAAAGAUGAUUGCUGAAUGAUUUAGAUUGUUCGGUAAAUGAGAUAUAUGAACUAUUUAAAUGAGUGUAUUUUUAUAUAUUUGGAUUCUAAA